GAAGCAACAAGCCAAGUUAGAGGAUGAGAAGGAUAUAGGUCCGCUGCUGGGUCGCUUGAACUCCGUGGCAUUCGAGGGCAAUGCAUGCGGGCGGGCGUUUAUGCUCAAGAACGCGUACGUUGGAGACAGGCAGAGAGGAGUGGUCGCAGCCGUCCACCGGGGACAGCCGGCAGCGCUUUACUCUGGAGUCCGCAGCCCGCUGCGUGUCCAAGACCCCGCCAAGGCUCCUGCAGCCGCCGGUGCGCCACGUGCGUUGGCGGGUCGCCCAUGGCCCGUCUCUGUGGAGCAACACAUUCCGACGGACUGCGGCGACGAUGCCUUCUUCUUGGCUGGUGCCAACCAGACACUGACGGUGGGCGUCGCCGAUGGGGUUAGUAGCUGGGCGAGGUACGGCAUCAAUCCGGCACUCUUCGCCUGGGAGCUGAUGGUCCGCUGUGAGGGUGCGGCCAUGAACGGAUCGCUGGAUGCUGGUGAGAUCUUAUCAGAAGGCUUCGAGACCGCGAUACGGGAGAAUGCCAGGCAGAUCGUGGGAAGCAGCACGGCCUGCAUCGCCUCGCUAGAUUGCGGUGCUGGUGAGUUGGAGGUGGCGAACCUCGGAGACAGCGGGGCUCUGGUGGUCCAACCAAACGGACACGUCUGCUUGGAGACGAAGGAGCAGCAGCACUAUUUCAACUGUCCGUAUCAGCUCGUCUGUGUGCCCCCUCGUCGUUCUGGGGGCUCUGCCAUGAGCAGCCAGGGGGAUCUGCCCGCCAGCAGCGAGAGAUACGCCACCGAUGUGAGGCCAGGAGACGUGUUGAUCCUGGCCACCGACGGCUUCUUCGACAAUGUCUGGAAGGAGCAAGCCGUCAGUGUGGUGCUUUCAACGGCCUCGGCGCCGGCCGCAGAGAUUGCGGACCGCCUUGUGCGCGUGGCCUAUGCGGCCUCACAGUCGCUGAAUGAGACGCCUUUCGGCCGUGCGGCAGCGCAGCACGGCAUUCGUCACAAGGGUGGCAAGCCCGACGACAUCACUGUUCUGGUUGCACGUGUCCUGUGCUGGGGCUCGCCAGAGAUCGACAGGGACGAAGAUCUCGUAGAGCGGCAGGUGCUGCUGCAACAUGGUGGGCCAUUGUCCUGUGAGUUCACAGAGGAUCCGGUGGACUGGCCGAGCCUCCUUGCGGCCUUGCGCGGGGUGGCCGCGAACUUCUCUCACUCCUCGGUGGACGUUCGUUUGGAUGGCUGCUUCCUUGGGCUUCUGGCGGUUCGCUUGAUGUCGGUCUUCGUCUCUGGUGCACAUCACCACAUGUUCCUGCGGGCGAGUCAAGACUGGAUGGUGCAUCAAGGUUUCAACGACUUCAUGGCCCUGCCCUUCGUCAACGUCCUGAAAUCUCCCUUCGUCCACAGCACUGUGGCCGCGCUAGGCGCCUACAGCCGGAAGACCCGUGAGGCGUGUCCUGCUCUUCGCGGACCCCCGGGCAGAGAGAGCGAAUGGGAGGCGAAGCAGUUCGGACAUCUCUGGUGCUUCAUGACAGAAGGAUCUUCACCUAUGGUCAUGAAAGUGCAGGGCGCUAAUCUUGCAUCGCCUUGGUGUGGGGUGCAGGUGACUUUCAAGCACAGAGUAGGAGCAGUCUGCGAGAUGAACUCUUCGGAGGGAGGGAAGGAUGGAAGGAUCCUCGUCCGCGAGGGUCGGGACCUGAAGAGUUCCCCCUGCGCUGAGCGCUUGGCCAGCGGCUCCCUGGUGGAGGUAAGUUUGGCAUCCGGCAAGACUUUACUGGCCAGGGUCGAGGAAGCGCCAUGGAAGCCCCGCGACGAGGAGGAGUGGAAGGCCGAGCUCCCUCCGGAGGUCUUCGAAGUACUCCGGGAGAAGGCUGAUUUUCAGAUCGGUGGCUUUUGGAAUGGGGAUGAGUUGCACGCAGAAUUGACGGUCACGGAGCCGCGGGGUUCCGGUGAGUACAAUACCUUCUUCCCGAAGACGGGCCACUUUCAAUGCGCCGGCUGCAGCACGCCGCUGUACUCCCCGGAGUCGAAGAUCAAGGAGGCAGCAGGGCUUGCGUCCGUUGUGGCCCAGGUUGACUGGUCAGCUGGUGGCCGCGAGAUCCUUUGCCGGAACUGUGGGGGCCACCUCGGCCACGUGUUCAUGGAUGGCGCCUCCCUCGGAGGCUACAGCGGCACAUACUCGGGUGUGGAGCACAGAUGCCUCACCUUUCGGCACCGCGACGUCAUUACUUCACUUGCCGCCACCGACCCUCCAGGACUGCUUUGCAAAGAGGAUUCCGACAAGAAGGAGUUCAAGAAGUUUCUUGACAAUCAGACGGAGAUUCGGUCUCUAGAUGACCAUGCCAUCUGUGCCGCCAACCGGAUGGAGAAGUUUCGGGAGACGAAAAAACUUAUCCACCUAGGAUCUGGCCAUAACAUCAGACAAGACAGUAUGGCAGCAUGGGCAACGAGGCACGUUCUGCAGGCGAUGGAAACGAUUGUCCCUAGCAGCCGCAGCAACGCACCCCAGCAGCUGGACUUCAACUUCGACACACGCACGCUGGGCGACAUGAUGAACGCAGGGUUUUGGAAGAAGAUUGGAGACCUGGGGAUUGAGCUUGGCCACAAUGAGGCUUCAGGCAGUGCUGCUUUGGCGCCGGCUGCCACUACCGCGGCGGCGCCAGCAGAGUAG